AUGGCAGCCAGCCGGGCGUCCAACGGCCGCGCCGCGCACCCCGGCGGGGGGCUGAAGCGCGCGCGCAGCGAGCCGGGCGGCAGCAGAGUGACCGUGGUGCUCGGGGCGCAGUGGGGGGACGAAGGCAAAGGGAAGCUGGUUGACCUGCUGGCCACCGAGGCGGAUAUCGUCUGCAGGUGCCAGGGUGGGAAUAAUGCAGGCCACACUGUCGUCGUUGAUGGGAAAGAAUAUGAUUUUCACCUCUUUCCUAGUGGCAUAAUUAAUCCAAAGGCAAUUUCCUUUAUUGGUAAUGGGGUGGUUAUACAUUUACCAGGCUUGUUUGAAGAAGCUGAAAAAAAUGAAAAGAAAGGUUUAAAGGAUUGGGAGAAAAGACUCAUCAUAUCAGAUAGAGCACACAUUGUGUUCGACUUUCACCAAGCAGUUGAUGGACUUCAAGAAGUACAGCGUCAAGCACAAGAGGGAAAAAAGUAUAUUGGUACGACAAAGAAAGGAAUUGGACCAACGUAUUCUUCCAAAGCUGCACGAACAGGCCUUCGUAUUUGUGACCUCCUUUCAGACUUUGAUGAAUUUUCUUCAAGGUUCAAGAAUCUGGCACACCAAUACAAGUCAAUGUUUCCCACUUUGGAAAUAGACACAGAAGGGCAACUGAAAAAACUAAAGGGGUAUGCUGAAAAAAUAAGACCAAUGGUCCGAGAUGGUGUUUAUUUUAUGUAUGAAGCUCUUCAUGGCUCCCCAAAGAAAAUUCUUAUUGAAGGUGCCAACGCAGCACUACUUGACAUUGACUUUGGCACGUACCCAUUUGUGACAUCAUCAAACUGUACCGUGGGUGGCGUAUGCACCGGACUUGGUGUUCCUCCUCAGAACAUUGGUGAAGUAUAUGGUGUGGUGAAGGCAUACACUACUAGAGUGGGAAUUGGAGCCUUUCCCACUGAGCAGAUAAACGAAAUUGGAGACAUCUUGCAGUCCCGAGGCCAUGAAUGGGGAGUAACCACAGGCAGAAAAAGGCGCUGUGGCUGGUUGGACCUUGUCAUUUUGAGAUAUGCUCACAUGAUCAAUGGAUUUACUGCCCUGGCAUUAACAAAACUGGAUAUUCUGGAUGUCCUUGAUGAGAUUAAAAUCAGUGUUGCUUACAAACUGGCUGGAAAAAGAAUUCCAUAUUUUCCAGCUAAUCAGGAGAUACUGCAGAAGGUGGAAGUCGAGUAUGAAACAAUGCCUGGGUGGAAAACUGACACAACUGGGGCGAGGAAAUGGGAGGAUCUCCCACCCAAGGCACAGAAUUAUAUUCGAUGUGUGGAAAACCACGUUGGAGUGCCAGUAAAAUGGGUUGGAGUUGGAAAAUCAAGAGAGUCAGUGAUCCAGCUAUUUUAAACAAAGAACUUCAGUGAUGAGAAGCACAAUUUAAUGUUCAUCUGUUCCUUACUACUCCCAAGUUAAAAUGGAGAUGCUGUUUAAAACCAAAAUGUUCUUCUAGGAAAUGAUUAGAAAAAAAUAUAUAUUGUGUACUUUAAUAUUUUCAUUUAUCAGUAAAUGCAAAUGGUCAGUGAUAAAAAUCUGUUUGGUAGCCACCAUCUUUUUCUCACACACAUAUGUGCAAAAGCAUAAAGAAGUCAGUAACUGAAUAAGAACAGAAAUGAAAAAACAAGUGUUUUUCUUUCAUUUUCUCUGACUUGAGCCAUGUUGCUAUUCAGAUGUGUUUUACGUCCAUAUGGAGUUAUUUCUUCGGACUGAUGACAAUACCGAACGUUUUCCAGUAGUUACUGAAUGAUUGGAAAAGCUGGAGUUAUUCUUCAAAGGGAAAAGUUAUAAUUCCUGUUUCUGUGGGUUGGCAGCAAUAGGACAUAUAUAUUGCAUUUAAAAUUGGCCUGGUUAUGUAGAUCCUCAAUCCCUAAAACACAAUAAAGUUAGGUAGGCAUUUUUGAUCACACAAAGCAAGGCAAAUGUGAUUAGCUUGAAGCCUGAGAUUUUUUUUUUUACAAUCUAUUAAAUAAAUGAGAUAGGAGCUACAGUGAUUGUAUCACACAGUGACACAAGCCAGUAACUGAGGUAACUUUUGGGGAUGAGCCAAACUGGAGAUAGCUGAGCUGCCUAUGUAUUUCCUUCAAAUCUCCUGUUUACCAACAGGCACCCCACAUGGAGGCAGGCAGAAAGGCUUUCCUGCCCUCAAAAUAAAGGAAAUCAGAGUGGGGGUGAAGGGGUUAAAGGGCCCCAAAGCCACAGAAAUGGCAUGUGGGGGAGGGAGGGAGUAGAGUCAGUGCAGCAUGUUGCACCUUCUCCCUGAAUCUGAGAUGUGUCUCCAUGCAAAGACUGUACGUUUGGAGCAACCUGGAUUUUGUUGGGCAUAGGUGGUGAGGCACUGGAGCUGUAUGGUGGCAUGCUGUCCUCCAAUUCUGGUGUAUUUACAAGCAUAAGUCUAUGUAUGAUUUAAUGCUGCUAGUUGCAGCCUUAACUCUCUUUCCCAGCUUUUGACUCCCUUCACCAAACUGUAGGGGCUGAUACCUGGUGCUAAAGGAGGGAGCAUAUGACAGCACAGCUCCUGACAGGGCUGAGCUGUUUGGGCAAAGGAGGUACAGCACAGAGGUUCCAAAAUUUCCACGGAUGGAUCUGGAUUUCCUCAUGGAUUCUCUGGUUCUGCAUGGUUAGAAGGCCAUGCUGUCUGCCCUCUCUGUGUGGCACAAGCCCCUCUUUUAGAGAGGAGAAUGCCACAGAAACUGAGUUAUUCCAAAAGUUGUGGAAUUUUCAGAGCACAUUGACUUUUCUGUGAGUUUUUCCAUAGGUGAGGAGAAUGUAGCCCAAUAUUUUUAUGACAUUCCCAGAUGCCUUGGCACACAUCUAGGAAUGGCAUCAUCGCCUCUGCUGGUUCCCAGUGCAUUAAUGCCAUGAUUUCCUUUGUGAAAACGCCCCUUUUUGAGACAGUACUUCCAGAAGGGAUGGAAUACAAAAUGGUGGUACCUUUGAGUGCAGAAUGGGGAAAAAUAAGAUCUGUCCAUGGACCUCCAGAUCCAGUGACCUCAUAUGCACUCCCUAUGUUGUCCCAUCUCUUACAAUUAUCUAGAUAUCUUUUAACAUUUAAGAUCUGUUGUAUUUUUUUAAAGUAAACAUGACAUAUGAGCAGCCAUGGCUUGUAUAAUGACAAGGUAGUAAAGCAAUUUAUAUUAUCGUACAAAGAUGUGUUGAGGCUUGUAGUACAGUCCCUCUGCACCUUCCUCUGGCUGCUGUGCAGUCUCUUCACACCCCAUCCAGCACAGCCUGUGGCUUUGUGGAUAGGUGCUGGGUUUGUAAAAAUUGUGUAGGGGGCCAGGAGUCAGAGGGUGAAGCCUUCAGUGGGGGUAUAAGGAGCAGAGACCCCUAUACUUGGUAAGGCCUGGCAGAGGGGCAGCAGGGCCAAAUUUGAAUGUCAUUGUGACCCUCUGCACCAGAUCUCAGUGCCACUCAUAUUUGGUCCAGUCAGGCAGGUAACCAUGGCUGGAGAUGGGCCCACUUUCCCCAUGAGUCCAUAUAACCUGGCUCCUAUGGCUUUAUGCCACAGUCUAGUCCUUUAUGUCCAGUGAUUUAAGCACAAGAACUCCUGAGUCCUAACCCUGAGUUCUUCUGUGGCCUAGUGCAAGUCAUUUAACCUGUGUGCCUCAGCUUUGCCAUCUGUAAAAUAGCAGGUAAUAAUACUUACCUACCUACCUCAUAUAGGUUUUAUGAGGAUUAAUUAAUAUGGGCCAAAUCCUGUUGUACUUACUCUUCUUUUUUACUAGGCAAAACCCCCAUUGAUAGUCAAUGGGAAUUCUGCCAGUGUAAGGACUGUAGGAUUUAGACCUUAUGUAAUGUUUGUAAAGCACUUUUGAAAGGUGCUCUGUAAGUGCUAAGUAUUAUUAUGAGCACUGUAAAAUGUAGCUCAUUUUAUGAGGUAUUUUAAGCACAAGCACUCUUGGCAAUGCAUUGCUAAUCAAGUUUCAUUUCCAAUGGGCUCAAUCUCAUGUCAGUCAUCCAUUAGACGGUUCAGAUUGAUUCCUUCCCUCAGCCCACUGUGCUCAGCACAUUUUCAUUAGUGCAUAGCCAUUUUAAUUGGGCUUUGUUCAGUUUUAUAGGAUUAGGGCCAUAGUGAGUAACAGUUACUCACAAUGUACCAACAACCAUCAGAUUAAAUGAUCAACCCUAAAUAAAUCAUUUUGGUACAUUAAAAAUGAAGUUAUUAUAAAUCGAUUGUCACAGGAUCAAUGUCUCAUGCUUGAACUAGAUCUUUAUUUUCCAUGAAGUGCCGUUCCAUUUUGCCUUUGCUUUAGGGCCUCAUCCAAGCCCCCUGACACCCUUGAUUUGCACCACAUCAGCAGACCAUUAUCCUGUGACACUGUUCUGUUCCACUGCUAUCUUGUGCAUUUCAUUUAAUUGAAUAGGUUUUUUUAAAUCGGAUUUCUUCCCCGACUAAAAUCUGGGAAUUUUGCCACUGUGAACAGGUUCAGGCAUUUAUUUUUAGAAGUUCUUUACAGGCUAUGUGGUGACACAGACUUUUAAAAGGAACAUGUUUGAUGUAAACCGUACAUUUAUCUUGACUGUUUCCUGUGGCAGACUAGUUUAGAUUGGAACCUUUGCUUGGAAUUUCAUUGUAAUAAUCAUCACUGUGGCUAAUUUAAUUUUUCUUUGUACACAAGUUGAAUGUAAUAAUUUUUUUAAUUUGUUCAUGUAUCAUGUUAGAUGUAUUGAUGAAAGAAUAAGGGGAAAUGUCUACUAAUAUGGUAUUAUAUUGUGAUGGAUUACAGUAAAAAAAAGGUACUAAACCAUUCAGGUAAAACAUGUAUUUGACAGAUUUUUGUCAGACUUGCCAUCACAUUGUGGCCUUCAUAAUCAGGUGUAUACUUCCUAACAUAUGCUAGUUUUUUAGGUGGUUUCCCUGUAUUUUUUAACUGACCUGUAUAUGCUCUUAUAGCACUGGCCAGCUGCAUUUUAUAAAUUGAAAUAAAUAAAAUGAAGAGUUUUCAAAGUAAUGUGCAAAAUGUACAUACGCACUCCCACACACCCAUGUAGAUUUUGCAGGAAAACUUUGAAAUCUCAUCUCAUUAUUUUACCCUCAAAGACACAUUUAAAUUCAUUUAAACACAAAUAUUUCUGAGAGUUUGGGGACAAAAUUCACUACUUUCAAAUCCAGAAAGAGUCAGGUGUUUCCUAAUGCUUUAAAAAUAAUUAUCAAGAAGCUUUGCGUGAGAAGAUAUGAGCAGCAGAUAUUUACUAUUGGCAUUUCAUUCGUAUAUUCUUAGGAAUAGAUGGGUGAUUUUCCUACUUAUAAACCAGGUUUGGGGAUUUUACCACUAUCUCCACCAGUCUGGAGUCCUGGCUAGUAAUUCCUACUUAACUGACACAAACUCUUUACUCAUGAAGCAGAACUUUUCCCUUUGAACAUCUCGUGACUGACUCCACUGAAUUCUUUCCAUGAUAAAUUGCUUAAAGAAACUUGAACAAUUAACUCUCUACAGUUCUUUAUCAUUACAAAUCCAUCCAUAACACACUAUUGGGGAAAGGAAGGAAAAAAUGAUCUCACCUAAUAUAACUAUGGCCACCUCCUACAAUAUGGCAGGCCUUCAGAUUGCUGGGGGUAGGGACUUUCGGGAUCCUGUUUUACAGGCAGGAAAAUCUCCAUUUGUCAUUAUCUCCUGAAACCAAUCUGGAACAACAGGCCUUCUACUUCAGUGUCCAUAUCCAAUGAGCGAGAGACCAGGUCAGUACACCUACUGAAGGUAAUGUCUGACAAGGGAUUGGGGAGACUUCUGUGUUGCCAGUUGAUAGAUCUUGCCUACAAAGGUUGACUCGCUUUCUGCCAGUCACAUGAAGACACCAUCAGUGGAAUGAGACUUGAAUAGUAACUGUGGCCUCUAAAGCAGUUUCAUCACACCCCAUAAGUAGGGACUUGUGUAAAUAAUUUUUUUAAAGAAAAUUAAUGACAAUGCAAAUGGCAAAGUAUUGAAUUUCACUGAGUUUGCACAGAAUGCAAAAAGAACAGGAGUACUUGUGGCACCUUAAAGAUUAACAAAUUUAUUUCAGCAUGAGCUUUCAUGAGCUACAGCUCACUUCUUCGGAUGCAUAGAAUGCAACAUUCUUUUUGCACAGAAUGAAUUUUACAAGUUAACAUUAAUCAGUUUAAAGGAUGAAAUGAAUUUUACAAAUUAAUUUAAUCAGUUUUACAACUAAAAUGUAUUCCAUCCUGGAAACUGACUGUUGACUUGUAGAAUUCAUUCCAUCCUUGGAAUUGACUAACGUUCACAGUUUGUGGGCAUUUUCACGAUUUCUGUACCUUCCAUUAAAUUGUGUCCAUGAAAUUGUGGUUUACACAGGGCCCAAUUCAUAAGGCACUGGUGUGUCUGGAGCUGCCAGAGGCAAGAGCCCCUCCAAAGGAAAAAUUUUGCUUUGUGAUCAGUCCAGCUGGGCAAUGGAGAAUGCUCUACCCCUCUCCUGGUUCAGACUCGGAAAGAAGGAAGGGGGCAUGAUGAGAAAUAUUGUGGAAACUGGGUAACUGUUUUUACUUUGUAGAAAUAUACUAAAUAAAGGGCAUUCCUGGUCCUAACCAUUUUCUGACAAUAAUGACUGUUUAUGGAGCCAAAUCGCACAGGUCCUUCUUAUCCUUACAGAGGGCCUGAUCCACACACAGGUGGCCCUGUAUACAUGGAUCACACCCCUCCCCUGAGCGAGUGGGGGGGUGUUUCUCAUCCCCUCUCCAUACUAACCUCCAUCCCCUCUAUUCCUCCCUCCCCCCCAGUCUUUCAGAGAGCACUCUGGGAAUCUACAUAGUGGGUGGGCUGGUGCAUCAUCUGUCCUUCCUCCUCCCAGUGGAUCCUGUAAGAAUCAGGGCAGAAAGAAAAGACAGCCCCCAACUGUGUUAUCUUUCUAAAAGUUCCUCCUCUAUGGUGUAGGCACCCCAUUAAAGGAGUUCCCCAGGCAGUGAUCAGAUGCAGAAGUGCUGUCUGCAUGGCUCCAGUAAACUAAACAGCCAAAAAACAUGGUGCCAAAGACUCUCAGCAAAAAAACCGAGGAGUCCUUGUGGCACCUUAGAGACUAACAUUUAUUUGGACAUAAGCUUUCAUGGGCUAUAACCCACUUCAACAAACUGCAGAAAAAACCCUGGCCAUCAUUGUAUCAUGAGGGAUUUCAGGAUUUGCAGAUUGGAACUGCAGUCUAUUAAAUGGGAUGAAAAGACUGGACUCUCCCACCAACCCAACGGAAUAAUCAGAGAGAAAUCUCUUCCUUCCAUUGAUUUUACUCCAGGCUGAGGCAACUUGGCCCUAAUUUAUGGCCCAAUUUAUGAAUUCCCAAUUCAGGAAUUACUCCAGUGAAUAGCAAAAUUAGAGCCAUCCCUAUGAGGGAAGAGUGAGUAGGGACUUCAGUAUUUGGCCCACAGAGAUUACUUCUGAUCUGCUAUAUUUACAGGAAAUUCAAGGUAGUUCAAAAUACCUGCCCAUGUUAUUAAUUAGUAACUGCAGAUGUUCAUUUUUACAAAUAAACAGAGAGUCUGAAUUAAGUAUUUACUUAUCACCCCACUGAGUCCAUCUAUUAGCAAUAAAUAACAGGAAAAAAAAGACUAUGAGCAUAUACAGUGCAUAAUUUCCUUUUUUGCAGCAAAUUCUGGCCUGCAAAUGCAUUUUUCAAAAGAUAAAAAUAGAUUUGCACUGACUCACCAAAUGUCUGUCAACCUUUCCUUUUUCCCUUGAAAAAUUAUAAUUGUCUAUUUGUAAUGUACUUGCAGUUCAGAGAGGAUAUACCUCACAUUCAGAAAUGCAGUACCUACACCAGGGUUUAGGACUAGGUUGCAUUCCUCAGUACAAUCUGUCUUCCACCAGUGUUAGGUUUCCAAGAGAUAUCUUUUUAGUAUUUUGUAUCCUGCUUCUGGACAAGUGAGUGGUAGUGUACUUCUGAAAGCCCUUAUUGGUUACUGAAAUUCUUCAAAUGUUAUGAGGAGAAAUAACCAUAAAACUCAAAUUUACAAAAGAAACACACAAAAAAUUUACUAUACGCUUAUAUCACAGGCAAUUUAGCCGCAUGGAUGUGAUCCUCUGAAUUAAUAACAACUCACCAGUGACUCUUUUUUAAAAUUACUGUUCUAACUUCUGAUCUCAUUACAAUGUUGUAAAUCUGGUGUAAACCCUGUGUAAAUAAAAUCAGAAUCAGGCAAUAUGAUAUUUUAGUUGCCAGAUCAGUAUGGUGUCUAAAUCACCACUAGCAAGUCUGAUUCUCUUCUCACGUUAGUGUACAUCAGAAGUAAUUGCACAUAAGUCUUUAGGCCUGAUUCUCUUCUGACACAAGUUUUACCUCAGUGCAACUCCAGUUACUUCUGAUUUACACCAGUUUGAAGAUAAAAUUGGGCCCAGUGGAAUUACAGCAGUGUAAAACUGGUACUCCGGAGAGAAGUAGUAGGAAAAAGUGUAUGAGUGAAGUCUUCCAUUUAUUUAUAUAAACCAUACCUGACCUCUUAGUCCUUGUCCUCAAAGGAAACCUUGCCAAUACCUUCAAAAGACAAGCCUGGGAGCACAAUUUCAUAACUUUCUUAAAAACAAUAAGUUGUACUUGUGGCACAUUAGAGACUAAAAAUACUCCUUGUUAUUUUUGCUGAUACCGACUAACAUGGUUACCACUCUAUAAUUUUCGUAGACACUAAAAAUCAUGGACUCGAUAAACACACUGGAUUUAUGGCUCAUUAAAACAAUGUAUAACCCAUAAACCCUCCUUCCUUCUAGACUGCAGAGGCAUUAACUACCCACUUCACUUUGAAUGGUCUCUUAGAAUAUGUGUUAACUGCUUAUGCUAAACAAACUGUUCCCUCUGUCAUCUCUGUGACUCAGUACCUUUCCCACUGGGAAGGAGAGCUGUGUGUAAGCUCGAAAGCUUGUCUCUUUCACCAGCAUAAGUUGAUCCAAUAAAAGAUUUUGCCUAACCCA